AUGUUCAACACCAGUCAGUGCAUCCCAAAAUAUUUUCUGCUGACUGGUCUUCCUGGUCUGGAGGCCCUGUAUCCUUGGUUUAUCUUCCCAUUCUGCUCCACAUAUCUUGUGGCUCUUGUGGGCAAUAGCCUGAUCCUGGCAGUGAUCAAAAAAAACAGCUCUCUUCACCAGCCGAUGCACCUGUUCCUGGCUAUGCUGGCCUUCGCAGAGCUUGGUGUCUCUGUUUCCACACUGCCCACGGUGCUGGGCAUCUUCCUUUUUGGAGCCAAUGAGAUCUGUUUUGAAGCCUGCCUUUUGCAGAUGUUCUCCAUACAUUCAUUUUCCAUCUUGGAGUCAGGAGUUCUGCUGGCCAUGUCUGUGGACCGCUUUGUGGCCAUCUGCAGCCCCCUGCGUUACACGGCCAUCCUGACUCUGCCCCGAAUUGCUGGCGCUGGUGCUGCGCUUGGACUGAAGAGUGUGAUGCUCAUGUUUCCGCUGCCCUUUCUCCUGAAGCGUCUGCCCUUCUGUGGCCACAGUGUCCUCUCCCACUCCUAUUGUCUCCACUCAGAUCUGAUCCAGCUGCCCUGUGGGGACACUCGGCCCAACAGUAUUCUGGGGCUCUGCAUCGUUACUUGCACUUUUGGGCUGGACUCGCUGCUCAUCGUCAUCUCUUAUGUGCUGAUCCUCUACACAGUGCUGGGCAUUACCUCUGGGGAGGGACGGCGGAAGGCCCUCAGCACCUGUGUGUCGCAUAUCUGUGCAGUCCUCGUGUACUAUGUGCCCAUGAUCAGCGUGGCCCUGGUCCACCGCUUCAUGAAGCACGCUGCGCCUGCCGUCCGCCUCCUCCUGGCUAACGUCUACCUCCUGGUGCCUCCUGUGCUCAAUCCCAUCAUCUACAGUGUUAAAACCAAGCAGAUACGCCAGGCACUAAUUCAACUCUUUCUUCAAAGAAAACAGUAA